AUGGACUCUCCAUUGAACAUCACAUUAGGUGCUCGUAUGAGUGCUUAUUUAGUUACACCUGACGAUUACCGUAAACAAAGAAAAAGAAUUAAUAGAAGAUUAUAUAAAUUGCGUCAUGAAUUGGGAUUAAUUACUCGUGAUACCAAAAAUUAUUCAACUAAGGAAAAGACUUCCAAGAUAACUGGUGAAGAUUAUGAACGUGAUUCGAAAUAUGGAUUAGUUUAUUUGUUGACUGCUGAAAGAGAUAUUUUGUAUGCUCUUGAGAUUAAGAAUUUAUUGGAAAUUAGUAAUGAAAAAUCAAGUUCAUAUAAGACUUUAAUGAUUAGUAAAAUUAAAAGAGCAUUAUCCAAUGCUGUUAAAGUUUUGGAGUUGACUCAGAAUGAUAAUGAUGAUUUGAGAAAAGUUGAAUUGUAUGUCUAUGCAGCAUUAAUCCAAGGACAAUUGUCAGUAACCAAGAAACAAUGGUCAAAAGCACUUAAUGCAUUCUCAAUUGCUAAAUGUUCUUUAGAUUACUUAUAUUCCCAACAAUCUAUCAGUAAUGAAGGUGAAGAUAUUGAACAACAACAAUUCAAUAAAACUUUGAUCAAUGAAUUGGUUGAUACUUUAGUUGAUCCAUCAUUAAAUUUGGCGAUUUCUCAAGCUGACACAACUUUUGCAACUACCGAUUUAAAAUCCAUAUCACGUAAACAUUGUCAUGAUAAUGAAGUUGGUGUUUUAGGGAAUGUUAUCAAAUUAAUUGAAUCGAAAGAUCCUAGUUUUGUUUCUGAUAUUUCUGAAUCAGUUGAAUUGAUUAAAGAAAUUGAUUGGAGAGAUCACCAUGCACAAUUAUACAAUGAUGAAAUUGCAUUCAAGAUUAUGGAAUUGUCUAAUAAUAAACAAGAAUGGACGAGUUUUAAUGAUCCAAAUCAAUUUGAUUCUAUUAUUACCAGUUGGACUGAAAUUUUGGAAUUACAUAAAUUAGAUACGGAAAAGAAUCAAGAUGAUGACGAUUUAGAACAAGUUCAACAUCGUGCUAUCUUUUUAACUUAUUUGAAUUAUAAUUUAUUAUUCACAAGAUUAAAAAGAGAUUUAUUAUUGAUUGAUCAAUUGGCUAGCAAGAAAGAAAUUGAAAAUAAUAAAGAUAUAAUUAGGUUAUACAAUGGUAUAAUCAUCAUUGUACAAGAAUUGAAAGAUCUUCCUGGGGUAUAUAAUGAUGAUGAUUUAUAUACGUCUUUGGAGAAUUUGGAAAAAUAUUAUCAAUCUCAAAAAAGUAUUGUCAUUGCAGAAUCAUAUCAAUAUAAUGGACAAUUUGGUGAAUCAUUAAAAAUCUACAAUUAUAUUGAAGAAGAAUUAUUAUCAUCAAUAGAUGAAGAAUACUAUAAGACAGAUUUCCCAUUUGAUGUAAGUACAAACCAAGAAAUCAAUAGAUUUAAACAGGAUUUAAAGACAAGAUUAUUACAAUCUCAUAUUAGUGCACAAUUUGCAUUAUCAUCAAGGGGAACUUCACAAUAUGUGAUUGAAAACUUGACAAAAUUCCCCAAUGGAGACCUUGAAAAUAUCAUUAAUUUGAGUAAAACUCCAAAGAUUGAACCAAUUUUACCUAAACCUGUAUUGUUUGACGUUGCGUUCAAUUACAUUUCAUAUGAUUUAGGAAGAACUAAGACUACUACUACUACAAAAUCUCCAGUGGUGACUGAAUCGGCUGAAGAAGAACAAGGUGGUAAAAAGAGAGGGGGAUUUUUUGGUAUGUUUGGACGUAGUUAG